AUGGAUCUUCCCCACGAGGUGGUGUAUCACCACCACCUCCCCGUGGAUGCCGAGGAGGAAAUGCGAAUGAUGGAGGAUCAGGUAGAAGAACACAUGGAUGAUAUUGAAUAUGGGGUUAUUGACGGUGGGUUGACGGAACCACGUGCAGUUCAUCAGUGCAAUAUUUGCAACAAGAUUUUUGUCUCAUUUAAAGGCUUGCAGCAGCAUGCGGUGAUCCAUACAGACCAGAAGCCAUACCAGUGUGACAUUUGCAGCAAAUCGUUCAGAUUCAAAUCCAAUUUGUUCGAACACCGAUCUGUACAUACAGGCUUCACGCCGCAUUCAUGUCCGUACUGCGGCAAAACUUGCAGGUUGAAAGGAAACCUUAAGAAACAUCUGAAGACUCACGUCACUUCAAAAGAUGAGUUGGAGCGAGCAUGGCGACCGUUUGCAUGUAAUCGUCGCCCAGCUGCGGAUAUACCCGACGAUGCGAUCAUUGUUCGUGGUAGUGGUGACCCAUUCUUCACUCCUCCAACUCGCCCACGCAAAAAAAAACUAGGCUUGGGACCAGAUCCUACGGUCUGGAUUGAUAAAAUUAGACGGGGUGAAAUCUUGCCAGGGACGAAUAUUCAAACAAAGAUGAUGAGAUUAGAAACGGUGCUCAAGAAUAAUGAAUUUUCGUUGGAGGAAAUAUUCGAACAGGCGCGGACAAUCGCAUUUGAGAAAUUUGACUGUCCUAUGUGUAGAUCCCAGUUUUUCUCUCGAGCGGAAUGCUAUGAUCAUUUGGAAAUUGAACAUCCAAUGGCGCGAAUAGAAAGACCAUUGUUUUGUGAGAUUUGCCUUAAAGUGUUUGCUGAUCGGAAAUCACUUGAGCAACACGAAAGCUAUCACAAGCGAGUCCACCUUAUGUUGGAUAACAACGAAAUUGAGGUAAACGUAAUAUUGUUGUUCGUUUUUUAUUGA